CGGGGCGCUCGCGCAGCCGGCUUUUAAACGUUCGUCGAGUUUAAAUUUCCAGUGCGCGGAGCGAGCGGCUUUUCUCACAGAAGAUGGUGCUGCUGCUGGUCUGUUAUUAACCUUCAGUUACUGCUUUUUUUCUUCAAAAGUACUGAUAUCACAUCCAGGAAAUGGACUGUGAUCACCAAGAUCUGAAAGAGUCAAUGUUUAAUAAUUUCAGUGACGUUGCAGAUUGGGAAGAGAGAGACUUUGCUGGGUCAGAGGUGAAGGAUAUGAGAGUGGAAGCGGAGGCAGUGGUCAACGAUGUCAACUUUGCUGUUCGUCACAUGGCUGUCUCGAAAAGCCUCCCAAUUGGGGAAGACGUUGCCUACAUUAAUGUAGAAACAAAAGAAGGAAACAGAUACUGUCUUGAGCUAACUGAAGCAGGACUCCGGGUGGUAGCUUAUGGCUUUGACAAUGUGGAUGAAUCGCUGUCGAUGCAGUACCAUGAAACCAUUUACUCUCUCCUGGACUCACUCAGCCCAGCAUAUCGUGAUGCAUUUGGUAAUGCACUUCUGCAGAGACUUGAAGCUUUAAAAAAAGUACAGGAAUGAAAGGCCUAAUUCUUGUUCCUUGUGAUUUACAAUUCUCAACAAUUUUUUCUUUGGCUGCAUAAUGUCCUGUACGUUUGGUCCAGAACAAGAGGUGAUUCUCAUCCCACAAAGUUGGUGAAUUGUUUGUUUUUUUUUCCAUGUUCACACAGCAGUGUAGUUGGGAUCCACAUUCUUGAAGAAUUUCAUAACUCAUCCUCACUCCUACAGAGAGAGAGGAAGGAUGAUUGUAAGUUCCAUUACUGUAAUAAACUGCCAUAGCCCCUUUAAGAAAUCAGUCUGCAUAACUGCAGCAAUGAUGUUAAAGCACAGGCAACAGGAGAGUGCCUGUGACCCAUUCCCAUGUAAAGGGCAAUGGACAUCGUUUAGGGCUCUUGGUGAGAGAGAAGCAAGUGACUCUAGUGUCCAGAAUAGACCAUCGUGAGCUUCUCCUAGCUUUCUCAUUUAAAAAUGAGACUUGUUAACUUGUUAAUUUAGAAAGAACACCUUCCUGUGCUAUUUUAUUGUGAAAUGCAAGUCAAACCCCUGGAGUAACUCAAGUUCCAAGGUGAUAAAGGAAUUCUGCUGUUUCAAAAAAAGUUAAUGUACGUUUUACGAGAAAAUAAAAUAUUUUGGACACAGUUUA